AUGAGAUGCUGCAGGUGCGACUCGCGCCUGCCACACGCCUACAACGGCCACCGCGUGGAGAACGUAGUGUCCUCCGCCGGGCACUCGCGCUGGUGGCAGUCCCAGAACGGUAUUGAGCGCGUCUCUUUGCAGCUAGACCUGGACCAGAUGUUCCAGCUCAGCAGCAUCGUGCUUCACUUCAGGUCGCCACUGCCCGGUGCAAUGCUGAUCGAGCGCUCCAGUGACUUCGGCAAGACCUGGGAGCUGUACCAGUACCUGGCCUCCGACUGUGCCGCCGCCUUCCCCCACGUCCCCCGGGGCUCCCCCGAGAGCUGGCAGGAUGCUCGGUGCCAGGCGCUGCAGGGGUACCCUUUGCACGGGGGCAAGGUAAAAUUCAGUAUCCAAGACCUGGCGUCUACCAUCACUACCUCUCACAGCCAGACCAUCGAUAAGCUGGGACAGUUCACCAACCUGCGGAUCAACUUCACCCAGCUCCCCUACGUUGCACACCAGGGCUACCACUCGCCCAGCCCCUUCUACGCCGUGACAGAGAUGCGGGUGCUGGGGAGCUGCUUCUGCCAUGGACACGCUGACCGCUGUGCCCCUUCGGGAGACCUGCCUGCUGCGGUGAGCAUCGAGGCGAAGUGA